AUUCCCAAUGUAUGCAAGGUAAGGAUUUUAGCCACUGAGUCGUCAUGCCAGGUCCUGUCAUUGAUUUUUUUUGCGGUAAUUAUGGUAAGCAGUGUAAUAUAUGUUGAGAUAAAUGAGUAUCUUUAAACAGGGAGCUGGAUUGGAAGUGGAGCAGCCGGGGCAUGAACCAAUGCCCAUAUGGAAUGGUGGUGUUACAGACCUAUUGAGCCACCAUGUCAGCCCCACAAAUGCAUUUUUUAUUCAACCACUGUAUAGUCAGUCAACAUUCUUCAUUCUCCAUAGAUGUGUUUUGUUCUUUCUGAUGGCUACUCAAUAUUUCAUAAUAUCUACAUAAUCUUAAGAAACCAUUUUUUACUGAUGGGCCUUUUUAUUAUUCUCAGCGUUUCAUCCUCAUCCAACAUACUGCAAUGAGCAUCCUUUUAUAUAGGUUUAACUACCUGGGUAAUUGUUUCUGUGAGGUGGAAUUGCUGGGUCUGAGACCAAACAUGCAUUUUAUACUUUCACUGUUAUUACCAUGUUGUGUUACUGAGGAAGGUAUUUCAGUGUACCCUCCCUCCAGUAGUGGAUGAUGAACACAUUUCCCAGUUGAAAUAUUCUUAUCUGUUGACAGUGAUCUCAUCUCACUAAUGGUUUUGUAGAUGUUUGACUAUUUGUACGUUGCAUACUCUUUUUUGCCUUUAAAUCUCUGUUUUGUUUUUGUAACACACACACACACACCCUCACACUCAUACAUAUGUAUAAGACAGUUAAUAAAAAAUGAAUGGCUUCUCAUGCUGUAUCUUUGACAGCUUUUAGCUUAGUACAAAACCAUGGCCGUAAAGAGAUCAAGGCAAGAGUUAAGUGACUUACAGCGUGACCCGCCCGCCCACUGUUCUGCUGGCCCUGUGGGAGAUGACUUGUUCCAUUGGCAAGCAACUAUUAUGGGGCCUCCUGACAGCGCGUAUCAAGGUGGAGUCUUCUUCCUCACUGUGCAUUUUCCAACAGACUAUCCUUUUAAGCCACCAAAGAUUGCAUUCACAACAAAAAUUUACCAUCCAAAUAUAAACAGUAAUGGCAGUAUUUGUCUCGACAUCCUGAGGUCACAGUGGUCGCCAGCUCUCACUGUAUCAAAAGUUUUAUUGUCCAUAUGUUCUCUACUUUGUGAUCCUAACCCAGAUGAUCCGUUAGUACCAGAUAUUGCACAAAUCUAUAAAUCAGACAAAGAAAAAUACAACAGACAUGCAAGAGAAUGGACUCAGAAAUAUGCAAUGUAAAAUGAAAAAAAUUUUUCAUAUACCAGAGUACUGUAAAAUCUAGGUUUUUUCAACAUUAGCAGUAAAUUGAGCACUGUUUACUGUUUCAUUGUACCAUGAAACUUUUUGAUUUUUACCCAUCAUAAGUGUGUUUCUGAAGCAAGACAAAACAAACUUCCAAAAAUAUCCAUAAGACUGUGAUGAGAGCAUUUAUCAUUUUGUAUGCAUUGAGAGACAUUUAUUGUGGUAUUUAAGAUAUGUGGACACCUACAUCUUCAGCUUACAAGAUCUACAAUGCAGCUGAAAAGCAACCAAAUUAUUUUUUGCUGAAACUAGAUGUUUUUACAUGAGAAAUACUGUAUGUGUUGUCUAAGAUGUCGUCACUUUUAUAAAUCUGUAUUCAGAUUUCAUUCUUUGUUAGUUCACUUUAUAAUUUGUAUUUUUUUACUGUAUAGACUAAAUAUAUUCUAUUUACAUGUAUGUCAACUCAUUACUUUUUUCCUGUGAACAGUAUUGGAAAAACCCAACAGCUGAUAAAUGAUUAACUGUGUCUGCCUUGUCUUAGGAUGUUGUGUAGAUCGAUCGCAGAUUUCUUAAACCUGAAAUGAAAUGAUCUUUACACUGUAAUUCUCAGUAUACUGAUUAUGGAGAAACACUUGUUUUGAUUUUGUUAUACUUGACUUAACUUUAUUGCAAUGUGAAUUAAUUGCACUGCUAAGUAGGAAGAUGUAUAACUUUUAUUUGUUGCUAUUCACAUUUGAAUUUUUUCUGUAUAGGCAAUGUUAUAUUGACACCUUUUACAGAUCUUAAUGUAGCUUUUCCAUAUAAAUAAAAUGCUUUUUCUACUAUUUGUCUUGAUUACUUAAAAAAGUGAAAAUUACUUUAUAAGUAAGGACUAAAACUCUAUGUGAACACUUGCAUGGAAAUUAUUUCCAAAUUGUGACAAUGAGGUCUAUUGUGUUUGGCAUUAAUCAUCAUUAAUUAUAAAUUUAAUUGUUUUAGGUUAUUAUCUCUUCAUUAAAUUGUCUGUAAGUUGAUGUACUUUGGUCCGUUGUAGAGAAUUUAGAAGAUGGAGUUUGUCUUAAAUCACAUCUAAAGUGGAUUAUUUGCAAAGGUACUGAAUUGAGUGUAUGCCAUUGUCACCGAUCCUGAGAAAAUUUGUGUUUAUAGAUCUGAAGAAUCACUGGAUUAAUUGAAUAGAAUGCUGCUCUAGACACAAUAGGCAAUAUAAUCCUAAGCAUUUAAAAUUUAGAGUUUCUAAAGCAGAAUUUUAUAGCCAUCACAAUUUGAAGAACUUUUUAUUAUAGAAAUUACAAAGAAAAUGAUGCUUCCUUGUUUUUAUAAAUUGCCAGCUACAAAUGUUUAAAUAAGCAGAUGGUAGAUUUUAAAGUAAACUAGAAAGCUCUAAUGCUUUAAAUUGGGAAAAAUACAUCUCUUUAAUGUUUAGCAUGUUUAUCAAACUUGAGUGAGUAUCUUUAAGAACAGUUGUAGCUCUCCUGAGUAUUGUAGUAGCUGUGUAGGUGCAGGAAUCUGUGAUGGGUGUAGUCAAUUAGCGAAGCAUUUAAAUCACUUGAGUAUUUGAUCAUGGUUCACUAUUUUAUUAAAGCACAGAGUAACCUUGUUGUUAGAAAUUAUGUGUUAAAAAUAAUUAAAUGAAUCAAUGUAAAAUAAUAAAAUGAAUUGUGAAAUGGAUGUUUAAGAACAUAUAAUCUUUAAAAAUUUUUUAUUGAUAUCUUGAAUGAAUCAUAACAUGAAAAACACUAUUUCAUUGGCUGUCGUACUAUAAGCUACAUUUUCCCUGAUUUUGAACAUCCAACAUCUUUAGCUUUAAGUAUUUAGCAUACUUUGAGAAGGGGUUUUCUUUCUUGAACAUCUUUCACUUUUUAAAAAACUUAACAUUUAUGUGGCAUUUAUUUUUGGAAGUGUCUUUUUUUCUUGAUUAAAGUUUUGAAACUUG